AUGAAGUUCACAGAGGGAAUGUGGCUCCUUAGGGAGGGCAUUCGCAUCGACUGGAUGAGCAAUGUUGAACGACUACACAUCCAGGAUGAGACGGUCGAUCUCCUUCUGAACAAGUUCCAGAGACACCGUGGUGACACACUAAACUCGCCGACUGUUUCUGCGCGGGUUACGUCGCCCCUCGAGGGCAUCAUCGGAGUCAAACUUGUGCACUGGGCUGGCGGACUCGACAAGGGCCCCCAUUACAAGCUCAACACCUCUUCAGGCCACACCAAGAUCAACCACGUCGCAAAGCAGAAAUUGAGCUACACCAGCGGCGACCUUGAGCUCAACAUCAACACCGCCCCCAACGAACUCGACUUUGUCUUUUCCAGCGCCGACAAGGGCAAGCUGACCGGCCACUCGUGGCGCUCGAUCGGCUACGUCGGCGAUCAGACGACCGACAAGUCGCGCUGGGACGACGGCAUCUUCUUCGAGCGCCAGGGGUACAUGCUCGCCGAGCUGGACCUCGGCGUGGGCGAGAAGCUGUACGGGCUCGGAGAGCGGUUCGGCCCCUUCGUUAAGAACGGGCAGCGCGUCGACAUCUGGAAUGAGGACGGCGGGACCUCGUCUGAACUGGCGUACAAGAACAUCCCCUUUUAUAUCAGCUCGAAGGGGUACGGUGUGUUUGUGAACAACCCCGGCAAGGUCAGUCUGGAGCUGCAGUCCGAGCGCACCACGCGCGUCAAUAUCUCCAUUCCUGGCGAGGAACUGGAGUAUUUUGUUGUGUACGGGAAGACGCCCAAGGAGAUUGUGGGCAGGUAUACGGCGCUGACGGGGCGGCCGAACUUGGUGCCCUCGUGGAGUUAUAAUCUCUGGCUUACCACCAGCUUCACGACCAACUACGACGAACAGACCGUCACCGGCUUCCUGGAUGGCUUCCGGGACCGCGACAUCCCCCUCGGCGUGUUCCACUUUGACUGCUUCUGGAUGAAAUCCUACCAGUGGUGCGACUUCGAGUUCGAUUCCGAGAUGUUCCCCGACGCCGGGGGAUACCUGGCCCGACUCAAGGAGCGCGGGCUGCGCAUCAGCGCCUGGAUCAACCCGUACGUGGGCCAAGCGUCCCCCCUCUUCCAGGAGGGCAAGGAGAAGGGCUACUUCAUCAAACGCACCGACGGGUCCGUCUGGCAAUGGGACCUCUGGCAAGCGGGCAUGGCCAUCGUCGACUUUACCAACCCAGCCGCCUGCGACUGGUUUGUCGCCCACCUCCGCCGCCUCAUGGACCUCGGCGUCGACUCCUUCAAAACCGACUUUGGCGAGCGCAUCCCCUACAAAAACAUCCAGUACCACGACGGCUCCGACCCUGCCCGCAUGCACAACUACUACACCCUCCUCUUCAACAAACUCGUCUACGAAACCAUGACCGCCCGCUACGGCCCCGCCAACUCCCUCCUCUUCGCCCGCUCCUCCGCCCCAGGCGGCCAAGCCUACCCCGUCCACUGGGGCGGCGACUGCGAAUCCACCUACGAAGCCAUGGCCGAGUCCCUCCGCGGCGGCCUCUCCCUCAUGCUCUCGGGGUAUAUCUUCUGGGCCUCGGACAUCGGCGGCUUCGAGGGAACCCCACCACCAGCCCUCUACAAGCGCUGGGUCCAGUUCGGGCUUCUAUCCUCGCACUCCCGCCUCCACGGGUCCUCCUCCUUCCGCGUCCCCUGGAUCUACGGCGAAGACGCCUGCGCCGUCCUCCGCGACUGCGUCAAACGCAAGAUCCUCCUCACCCCCUACCUCCUCCUCGAGGCGCUGCGCGGCCACCGCCAAGGCGUUCCGCUAAUGAGACCCAUGUUCCUCGAGUUCCCCGACGACCUCAACACCUACCCGCUCGACACGCAGUACAUGUUCGGCGCGAACCUGCUCGUCGCGCCGGUGUUCUCGGAGGAUGGCUCAGUCACCUUCUAUGUGCCCCGGACGCCGGAGGACGGGUGCGGCAAGUGGCGCUCGUGGUUCGAUCAUGCCAAGACGUAUGAGUCUGGUCAGUGGUAUACUGAGACGCAUGGCUUUGAUACCCUGCCUAUCCUUGUUCGGCCGGGCUCUGUGACGCCUGUCAAUCCCAAGUUGAAGGUGCCCGAGGGGGAUGCCGUGGACGGGCUGGAGUUGCUGGUUAACGGUACUUUGGCGGCGGAUGUGGAGGUCGAGGUGGUGGACCCCAGUAAGACGUACGCGACGCUCAAGACUGUCCGUGUCUCGCCCAGUGGCGAUGCGGUGACUGUUGACGAUGCGAAUAUCAAGGUGGUCUGCAUUCACAAAUAG